AAGUCAUGCUUCAGUUCAACAACAUCAAACCAAAUCCUCUGACAGACCGACAUCUCAACUCACACUUUCUUCUCUUUUCCGAUUUCGUUAACCAAAUUGCUACUUCUGAUCAAAUAUGGGAUCUGGAUCUGCAGCCGGAAAUUUGCUCAAACUAAUCGCUCAAAACUUCGACAUUCUUGCAGGCCCGGUGGUUAGUUUGGCUUAUCCUUUAUAUGCUUCAAUAAGGGCGAUAGAGACAAAAUCUCUGGCGGAUGAUCAGCAAUGGCUUACAUAUUGGAUUCUGUAUUCUAUGAUUACACUAUUCGAACUAACGUUUGCUAAGCUUAUUGAAUGGAUACCAUUCUGGUCAUACGCAAAGCUGAUUGUAACCUGCUGGUUGGUGAUACCGCACUUCAGUGGUGCUGCAUAUGUUUAUGAGCAUUAUAUUAGACCGUUUUACACCGGAAAACAGACGAUUAACAUUUGGUAUGUCCCUAGAAAGAAAGACGUGUUCAGUAAACCAGAUGACAUCCUAACUGCAGCUGAGAAAUACAUUCAGGAACACGGACCGGAUGCGUUUCAAGAAAUCAUUCAUCGUUCUGAUAGGGAAACGAGGCACAGAGGCAACAGCAUAUUUUCUGAAGGUGAUUACAGAUAUUGAGGUUUGUUUGCACAUCAGUCAUGGGGGAUUGUGGAGCUAGUUUUUGUUUUUACUGUGGCUAAACUCUUGUAUUGACCGUAUGGUAGUUUUUCUGCUUUGGAAUGUGCUUUAAGUAUUAUUUACCUUUGUAAAUCAAGUUGUUUUUUACGUGCAUAUAUCUGAAUAACAUGUCGUAUGUUUACCUCUUUGGAGUCA